UAAACCAGCCCAAACCCAAUAUGGAUUAUAAACACUUAGUAUAGGGUUUUGAAGAGGUUUCUUUCUCCUUUAAUCUUUUAUCCCUUUUAUCAUUUUCUUUUUGAUUUUCUGGUUUUGCAAUCGAUUUUCCGCAGCUAAAUUUUGUUCAAAAACUGGUGCAAAAAUGCAUAAUCUUCGCCACCUGAUAUCCCGUCUCUCAACCACAAAGAAACCUAUAUCCCUUCAAUUCGAGCCAUUUCGAGCUUUGGGUUCACGCGCUUUUUCCUCAACAUCAGAUGGUUCCGACAAUCUAGGCUGGGGCACUGCUUCCUCGUGGUCCAGUCGCUUGACCAAGGACCAUUUCGAUGGAACCAUAACUCCCCAAGCUGGUACCGGAGAUGCCGACCAAUCCGUACAGCUUACGGAUAUUGAAAAUAUAUCUGAUGCGGUGAAAAAAUGGAAUGCCGACGACAAGAAGUUCAAGGAGUUCACUGAUGGAUGGGAAGAUCGAUUGCUUGAAACAAGUGUUUUGUUGAAACAAGUGCUUGAACCUGGUGCUAGAGGGUCUUAUCUUAAGGACUCUGAAAAGGCUGAAAUGUAUCGUUUGCAUAAAGAGAACCCUGAGGUUUAUACUGUUGAGAAAUUGUCCAAGGAUUAUAGGAUUAUGAGACAGAGAGUGGAAGCUAUUCUUUGGCUUAAGAAAGAUGAAGAAGAAUUGGAGAAAAAAAAUGCUCUUCCUCUUGAUGACUCUGUUGAGAUGCUUCUUGACAAUUGCCCUGAAUUUUUAAAUGCCCACGAUCGGGAAUUUCAUGUAGCAUCCCUUCCUUACAAACCUGAGUUCAAAGUUAUGCCCGAAGGUUGGGAUGGCACCACCAAGGAUCUGGAUGAAUAUCAUUAUGAGAUCUCCAAAAAAGAGGAUGACAUGCUGUAUGAAGAAUUUGUUCAGAGGUUUAACUUUAAUAAAAUGAAGAUGGCCGGUGAAGUGAAGCGACACAAGUAUAGUAGGAGGCGCCCCACUGAAGGUUGGAACUUCACAGUUGAGAAAAUGGGAGCAAAAGGGAAGCGCGGAGGUGGUGGUGGGUGGAAGUUUGUAAGUUUACCAGAUGGAUCAAGUCGACCACUCAACGAAAUGGAGAAAAUGUAUGUAAGACGAGAGACACCACGCCGAAGACGUAGAAUUCUCCCAUGAUGAUUUAGCUUCUGUUGUGUCACGGUCUGCAGAUUAUAGCCGUUCUCGACAUAUUCUGUAUGUAUGAUUUACAGUCCAAGCUGGUGUCAUUUUUAUAUCCCAAAAGGUAAGUUUCUUUUAGGAACAAACAUAAACAGGCCAUAAGCACUUUAUGCUAAUUUUGAAGUUCAAUUUGAGGUUAACAUUUGAUCCUUUACAUCGUUUCCAAUAAUUAUUUGUUAAAAUGCAACUGUGGACUAAAUUUGAUUAUUUUGGAAUUUGAAAGUUGGUUAGACCUUAUGAAA